CUUUUCUCUGAUAAACUAGUUAGCAAGCGUGGAUUGAAGUGGUCUCUGGAUUUUUGUCUUUCGUUGUAAGCUGCAUUGAGUCGUUUGUCCAAUUGGGUGUGGAAAUGCCUCUGGACGAAGAUUUAGAAGACUACGAGUCCACGCUGGGUGAUUUGCGGACGAACAGCAAGCCGAACAUCAAUGCUCUGACUCUUCUAGCCGAAGACUACAGAAAUAAGGACCAUUCUUUGGCCGAGGGAGUUGUUCGUCUAAUCGAGACACGUCUGCAACGGGUGGUGCCUACUCAAAAACUACCUCUCAUGUACCUGUUGGACUCCAUCGUUAAGAAUGUGGGGGAGCCCUAUCGUCAGAUGUUCACUGAAAAUAUAGUAACCACCUUCUGCAACACCUUCGAGAGGGUCGACCAAACGACUCGUGCAAAAUUGUACAAGCUGCGGACUACAUGGAACCCUCUUUUCCCACAUAAAAUGCUGGGCUCGAUUGACUCCAAAAUUAAGGCUAUGGAUCCCUCCUGGCCUCUGGAUCCCCAGAGCAGUAUCAAACCCCCAGUUGCCCCACCUAAUGUACCAGCAGUUGCUCCCGGUCACACGCAGGCGGCGGGAGUUGGGGUAGGAGGAGGUGCUAGUAGUGUUCCGACCAGUGCCGCAGCCCCAGCAGCUACAAACAUUCAUAUCAAUCCGAGAGUAUAUCCUCACUUUCCAUUAGCAAAUCAGCUGGGAGCUAAUCCUGCAAUGUAUUACGGACAUCCUGCGGCUCCUAUUUCAAAUGCAAAUGCUGGUUUGAUGACACAAUCCAGCAAUCAAGCGGAAUCCAGGGAUCCCAGACUUCGUGGAAAAAUGUCGUCUGCCCCAACCUCUACAGUACAGAUGUCUGGCUUGCAAACAGCAUCGAAAGUGUCGGCACCCCUCCUUAAUGCGACAUCAAUGAUGCCAGUACCAAGUACAUACCCUUAUGCCGGCCAAACGUUAUCCAGUGAACGUACCGGUGACACGAACACGGCGCCGCCUAUGUUUCCAUACUUCGCGAUGCCACCCGUACCUGCUAGUGCUUCUCAAAUUGCGCCUUCGGUCGCCGCUACGGUGCAAGUUCAAAUGCCAGGUGGUGGAAUUGUACAGCUCACUCCAGAGCAGCUGAAAGCGGCAGCAGCAGUUGCGCCGAUACCGGGAGUCGAACCCAGUCCUGUGAAACUAGACGAGAAAAACAAGACCGCCAAUGCAAAAGGGCCCGCUGGUGCUAAAACAGGUAGGCCCGGAGACCAGCAACCGAAGAAAAAAUUUCCUAAACAGCAACCCAAGCGACCUUUGUCGCCCUGGAGAGUUAAACGAGCUAGUCCGCCAAAUUUCAUGAAGGACGAGAAAAGUUCCUCGGAUAGAGAACGAGAACGGAGUCCCGAAAGACGAAGAGCAGGCUCGGAAGGGAAGAGGAAGCGACCGUCGGGUAGCGGUAACUCGAGUAGCGGUGAAGCGAAAGACCCGAGAGGGAAAUCUUCAGAUAGUUUUCAAAGGGGUCGAUCAUCUAGCCCUGGGCCGGCGAAAAAGAAAAAUAACAUGGGUGACAGCCCUAAACAAAAUCAAGAAGAAAGGGAUAAGAGCGAUGAAAUAAGUAUAGAGUAUGGAAGCAAUGUACCUGUGAAGAAAAGUAAAGAAAACAGUAACUCAAAUAGUGCGGAUGAAGGCCUAAAAAGUUCAACUGAUACCGCUGUCAAUGCAGAAACGGAGCAAGGAGGAGGAAAAGCGAAGAGUUUUGUUCCAAAUCAGAGGAGAACAGGAAGAGCGCAAGCUGAAGUUGCGGCUAAAUUGUUGAGCAAACGGACAAAUAAUUCGAAUACAAAUGGAGCUAAAAACCCGAGAAUGUCUGCGCCCAAUGCAGCACACAGCAAACCAAAGAGAACAGACGAAGAGGGGUUCAUUCCUAUCAAAAACGAUGUUCAAACUGGAAGUAAGUCUUGGAUAGGAAGUGGGAAACGAGAAAAAGACGUGGACUACAGGGGCAUCCGGGGAGCUGCUAGCAACCCCUCGAACAGGGGAGGCGCGACUCAUAAUAGUCAGCAGCAGCAGUCGAUCCGGAUUGCGGGUAUGCGUCGGGUGGGCACUGGAGUUCCGGAGGUGAUCACUCCCGAACAGGUGUAUGCAAGGGCGGAGAUGUUGCUGAAAAGUGGGAAGCUGUCGGCUAAGCAGUGCAGGGAACUGCAGGAACAGAUCAAAGAAGUACAGAGACGACGUGAGAAAGACACCGAGAAAAAGGCAUCGACUGAUUUCGACCUGAGGAAUUCACCCGGACGUCUAGUGCGCACUCCUGCAGUCAGGCCUCCGAUGGAGAACCAGCUCAGACAGUGGCCGGGGGGAAAUCGAGGACAGAAUCCUUCUGUCGGUGGUCGAUUCGGGCACCCUCCUCGAGGCCCGCCCCUAAGGGGUGGGGAGAUGAGGGGAUUCAGGCAAAGACCACCUCAGUUCAUGGGAAACCAGCGAGGGCCCCCAUCCAUGGGCAAUCAAAGACCUGGAAUGCCACCUCCGCCUUACAGAGGGGGAAGGAUGCCAGACCCUAGAUGGAGGAAUAUUGGACCACCGAGGUUCGGCGGCGAGAGAAAAGACGCUCCUCCUCCACCAAAUAUGUCCAUGCGUCCCCCACAGUUUUUACCCAAUCGCCCUCCGACGGCACCCAUGCCCCCGCGACCACCCGAAUUUCCUGCUCCGCCAGGAAUCAAUCAGAAAGAGCUGCCUCGAAAUUUACCACCCACCGAAAUUUAUCAAUUUGGACCUGGCUACGGCUACUCGCCCGAGUGGGACAGGUACUAUGACCAGCAUGGACUCACAUGGCCCAAAGAGAUGCCAUUUGACUCCAGGUUCGCCGGAGCCCAAGUCAAUAGAGCCAUAGCACCCGGAAAAAUGCCUCCGAACUCUGGUGGUGGACCAAUGAUGCCGCCAAACUCAAUGGUUGGGAAUCCUGCGAACCAGCACAUGAUGAGACCUGGUGGACUCCAAGGGAGUAUUUUACCCACACCCUCAGUGAACGAGCGGUUGAGUUUUGGAGGGGUGUCCUUGGACGAAUCGAAUGUUGACUUGAGCUCACUCUUCAAUCAACUCAUUGAUAUGGGAAUGAUCUCCUCGUCUUCGACUCUGGCAGAUGGCAAUGAAGACACAACUAAUGCAGCUGAUAGUGGACAGACUGCAACUGUGGAUAUUGCAGAGGAAGAGGAGGAUGAGAGCAUGAAGUUCAAACCCCCAGACGCAGACACGGAGCCACUGGCUCAAAUUGAGAAGAUAUCUUUCGAAAUCGAGUCUCUAAAACAGUACCAAUUUGGAGUUAUCCAACGCAUGUACAGGGGUCUACAGUGCAGUUCGUGUGGGAUGCGAUACCCCAUCAACAAACAGAGUCAGUACACGGCGCAUCUCGACUGGCACUUCCGGCAAAAGAAGCGCAAAGCCGACGGAUACGUGGGAUCUUCCCGCGAGUGGUUCCCACUGUGUGAGGAUUGGUUCGUGUUGUCCGACCACGCCGACAGACUCUCGGCUGGCUUCGGAGAGGAGUCGGCAGCUCGUGCUAUGAUGCAGACAUCGGCCAAUGACAACGUGGCCAGCAGCAGUGAGUCUGUUGAGGCCGAAAAGAUGAGUGUCUGCGCCGACUCAAAGAUCCCCAAUGAUGAGAUAUGCAAGAUCUGUCGCGAGUACUUUGAGCAGUUCUGGCAUGUGACAGCAGAGGAAUGGCACUUCCUGGACGCGAUUCGAGUUGAGGGAAAGACGGUUCAUUUCUUCUGCUACAAAGAAUUCACAGAUGGAGGAAAUGGACCGACAAACAUACCAUCAACGCCUCGCAGUAUAUCGGCAGAGAGCAACAACUUCGCUUCCAGCGAUUCAAAGGAAGCCCAAAGCCAAAAAGAGCCCACCAGGGAACCCAAUCUACAUUCCCCUUUGGCCAAGGAACCGCCGCUCUCUAUAUCGACGAACUCAGAAGAAAAGGAGAAAGCUAAUACGAGCGAAAGUGCACCUAGCAGAAAUGACAAGAAAGACGAAACUGCCAAACCUCAGCAUAGCUUGUCAUCAUUAAACUCGAUACUCACGAGUUUAGCGGGCGAUAAAGAACCUGGGUUUAGUGAAAUUGUCGCGCAUGUUGAUGACGAUGAUGACGUUGUGAAAGUCAAAGAAGAGCCCAAAGAUUUCGACGAGGUUGCAAACGAAGUCAGUUCGUCACAAAACCCGACAACUGACAGCACCGCCUCCACUUCGGGUCAGGGCAAAAAACCAAAGGGGAAAGAAGCGCCUGUUUUGAUUAGAAUAAAAGACGAACCUAUGGAUGAAACAGAGGUUGAAAUGCAGGUCGCCCAGCAUCGGAGUCGGUAAAAAGAACCCGGACCAAUCAGGUCAUAGGCGACAUUAUGUGCUUCGGCUUCAUUGCAAUUGACAGGGGUGCUCUUUGGUCUGGAAAAAAACGGCAGCGCUUAGGAUUCAAGGUUGCUUACGCCAAGAUUGUUGAAUGAUUUAAAAAGAUUAAAAUACGGAUCGCAAGUAAACUGUCAAACUGAACUUGAAUGGUUAAUAUUCUCUUUUCUAGCUAAAAUUUGUUGUUAGAUCUCAAAUUGAAUUUCAUGGUUGUCCGUUUGCUUGUAAAAUUUGAUGAUUUGUUUCAAUGAAAUCGAUGUAUGUACUUUGUGGAAUUUUGUUGGAAAUGUGCUUUAAAUAUUAAUGUUCGUUAAGUUGUCGUAGCUCUCCAAA